AUGUCGUCGACAUCUGCACCCAAAGAUGACAUCGAUAUUGGGAUGCCGCAGAUAAACGCUCCCGGCUCUCCGAUACAUAGAGUGCUGCGAGGGUUAUCUGAACCACGCAGCCUUCCGUCAGCCUCUUCCCAAAAUACCCCAGCUAAUGAUUUACCCCCUGUAAAAUGUACGUGGUGUGGACUAGAGUUUCCCUCAGAGACCACCGCAGAGUCAGUCAAUAAUCCACUGGACAGUCUCAAGCAGCACAUGCGAGAAGAUCAUCCGGAUAUUGCCAAAGACUUGCUCAACAACCUGAUUGCCGAAGAGAAUCUUACUCCGUCUCUUGAGUCCGAUCAGGGAAGUCGCCUUCCUAUUGUCUCUCAAAGUGACGGAACUCCCAAUGUCGAGGAAGAGUUGGAGCGCCACUGGACCAUGCACGAUGUAAAAAACUUUACAGAAGACUAUGACGGCCAGCGGGAUGAGCUUCAGUCGAGAUGGGAAGGGGCCUUUGAUGGUUUUGAGCGGCCUCAGCCUUACGAGUCAGCUACUACCGCUCCAGGGAAAUUCUUGUCUCUGACAGACCCCAACAUAUACAUCGAUAUCAUGAAGGAUCCGUCUUCCCUCUCGACCAAGGAACUUUAUGCGAUCACCGUCAAUGCUGCACAUGCACUAAGGGUCUGGCAAGACGAACAUAUGGCGCUUGAGAAACUGAUAAAACGAGCUACCCGAUCAUCGCUCAAGAAGUCGUCGAACCCCAGAGAGCUCGAAGACCCACAAGUGUUCGAAGACAAGAAAGAAGCGAUGCUGUAUGGUUACAAACAUGACCCGAAGACAAGCCAGAUCGGGUUUCAAGAUCCGUUCGCCCAAGGUGGCUUCAUCCCCACCGCUGACCAGAUGAGGAAGAUGAAAUUAAGCGGCACGGAACCAUGGAAGAUGAAUCGCUGGGCUGUUGUAAAAGAAAACGGAGUGGAAUGUGUCCCCAAGCUUCGGCCACCCCCAGUCAUCAAGCCGAAGAAGAAGGUCCCCAACGCUGGUAUAAAGGCAGAGACCGACAACAAGGGCCUUCUCGUGCCGAAGCGUGUAACCCGAUAUGGAGGCUCAAAGCCUUCUUCUAUAGGUGAUACAUCGCAGGCUCCCUCAGAACCCGGCAGCCCUGGCGGACACUCCCGUCCGCAGUCCAGACAUGCCACGCCACAGAGCAACGUCCCUACCCCUGUACGAAAAUCCACAAGACCUUUGGCUCAAGCACUGUACGCGCUAUCCACCAGCGCCCCUCGCAGUGCACCCGUCAAAUCUCCCAAGUCCCCCAAGUCCCCGGCUCCGACAUCAGCCGGCACCUCAAAGGCGUCGACACCGUUCUACCCCGAUCCACUCCAGGACCCUAAGAACCAGCUUAAAAUCAAAAACUCCAAGCACCCCAAGCGCACAGAAGCCAUGAUCCUGCACUGGGCCAAGUUCAACCAGGAAGGCAGGACAAGGAAUCCGAAACGGACAAAGGCACAGAUCGAAGCUGCACGGGUAGCUGAGCGAGAGGCUAGCCUCGACCCAUCGGUAGGCUCGGCAUCGAGCAGGAAGCGGAUGGCAGCUGAUCCCAACGAGAGAGCGGACAGCCAGCCUCCAUCCAUCAAGAAAAUGAAGCGAGAUGCGAACGGGAAGAUAGAACCCGUCACGCCUGUCUCUGAACAUGGAGAAGGGAGUUCUUUCCAUUACCACAUGCAUGCAGCGUCACACCGUGGAUGA